AUGGCGACAGGACAGAUCCGUUACUCUAUUCCCGAGGAAAUGACUGUAGGAUCUUUUGUUGGAAACAUUGGUACGGACCUUGGGCUUGAACCGAAAAGACUGGUUUCGGGAAAAGCAAGAGUUUUCGCCGCUGGCGGCAGCGAAUAUGUUGGACUGGAAAAGGAGAAAGGGCAUUUAAUCGUGAAAGAAAGAAUAGACCGUGAACAGUUAUGUGGGGAACUAUCAGCCUGCAGUAUCAGCUUUGAUGUGAUAUUAGAAAACCCGAUAGAGCUUUAUCGCGUUAAUGUGGAUAUAUUGGACAUCAACGACAACAGCCCCGUAUUUCCAAGGGGUGAAAUAGAAAUAGAAAUCAGCGAAUUAACGCCUCCUGGAGCACGCUUUGCUUUAGAGAGUGCGAUUGAUCCCGAUGUUGGUAUAAAUACUUUACAGAAAUAUGUGCUGCAUCCAACUGAUCAUUUUAAUUUGAACAUUCAAAAUGGAGCCGAUGGCAGCAAGAACGUAGAGAUGGUUCUUCAGACCUCUCUCGAUCGAGAAAAAAACCCGAACCAUUACUUAACGCUUACUGCUGUUGACGGUGGAAAACCUCAAAGAUCAGGAAAUGUAAAAAUACACAUUGUGGUUCUUGAUGUUAACGAUAAUAUCCCAGUUUUCAGCCAAUCGUCUUACAAGACAUCUGUUACUGAAAAUGCGGCGAGAGGUACUCUUGUCACAACAGUCAGCGCUUCAGACGCUGAUGAGUCAACUCAUAAUAUUCAGUAUUAUUUUGAACACCCAAGUGCUACUGUAAAAACGCAAUUUGCUAUCGAUUCUCAAUCAGGUGAGGUCCGAGUAACAGGGGAAAUAGAUUAUGAAAAACACAAGCAAUUUAAGAUUAAGGUAACUGCAAAAGAUCAUGGUGGUUUAUCCGACUCAAGUGAAAUACUCAUUGACGUUAUUGAUGUAAAUGAUAAUCCGCCAAAAAUAACCAUUAUGUCGUUUUCUAGCUCUAUACCAGAGGACGCAGAGCUUGGCACAGUUGUCGCCAUGAUCAAUGUGCAAGAUCUUGACAGUGGUGACAAUGGUAGGAUCGCGUGUUCUAUUGAUCGGGGCUUUCCUUUCAAAAUACAGUCAUCACUGACGAACUACUACAGUGUCGUGACGGAUUCAGUGUUGGACAGAGAACAGGCGCAAGAGUACAACAUAACUAUAACUGCAGUCGAUAGAGGAAGUCCAUCCCUUUCGAGUAACAAGAUCUUAACCUUAAAAAUAUCAGAUGUCAAUGACCAUGCACCCCAGUUCGAGCAGUCAAUGUACAAUGCAUUUCUUCCUGAGAACAAUUCUCCAUCCGUCUCUAUAAUUUCUGUAAAAGCGGAGGAUGCUGACUGGGGACCAAAUGCUAGAGUAUCUUAUUUUAUUAAUGAUGGAGAUUUAAAUGGAGAACCUCUGACAUCAUAUAUCUCUAUAAAUUCAGACAGUGGAGUCAUUUAUGCUGUGAAAUCAUUUGAUUUUGAACAACUAAAAUCAUUCAGAAUACAAGUGAAAGCUCAAGACGGGGGCUCACCCCCUCUAAGCAGCAAUACAACACUCAGUAUUUUCAUCCAAGACCAGAACGACAAUGCACCUCAGAUUCUAUACCCUGUGCAGACAAGCAGCUCAGUGGUAGCUGAAAUGGUGCCUCGUUCAGCAGAUGUUGGCUACCUUGUCACUAAAGUUGUGGCUGUUGAUGUGGACUCUGGACAGAAUGCCUGGCUCUCCUAUAAACUACAGAAAGCCACAGACAGGGCUCUGUUUGAAGUCGGAGCACAGAAUGGAGAAAUCAGAACAGUGCGUCAGGUCACUGAUAAAGAUGCUGUGAAACACAGACUCACUGUUGUGGUGGAAGAUAAUGGACAACCCUCUCGUUCAGCUACAGUCAUUGUCAAUGUUGCCGUGGCCGACAGUUUCCCUGAGGUCAUCUCAGAGUUCACCAACUUUAACCAUGACACAACAUACAGUGACACUUUGACAUUUUAUUUAAUUUUGGCUCUGGCUGUGGUUUCAGUACUCUUCAUUUUCUCACUAAUUGCCAUCAUUUCAGUCAAAAUCUAUAGGUGGAGGCAGAACAGGUUAUUUUUUAAAUCCGCAUCAAAUCUGCCAGUAAUUCCAUAUUAUCCACCUGUCUACGCCGAUGGUACUUUACAGCGCGUGUAUAAUUAUGAGAUGUGUGGAACAACUGAUUCCAGGAUGAGUGACAUCAAGUUUGUCAGGCCUUACAGUCAGAAUACACUGGUGAAUAUGAGUCGUGCAGGAACUGUACAAAGAGAAAAGAGAGAACAGGAGGAGGAUGCUGAUCUGUCCAUAGAGGUGAGACUUCUUUUUUUUCUUUACAAAGUUCUUACUAAUUUUCUUUCUCUGCAUGUACUUCAGGUCACUGCAAUGACUGAGUUCGGUUUUAUGCCCCCGUAA